GUCGCUGUCGGCAGAGUGUGAGGAGCGCCAGGGUGUUGCGCGACCCCAGGACGAGCUUUACCCGCGAGCGCAGUGAACCCCGGGACGUCCAAUGACGAGGGCACGCGCUCCGUAAUCAGGCUCUGCGUCAGUAAUUGGAAUUCUUUUUAGAGCAAGGCUGUCACGCGCUGUGAGGAAUUACCAGCGGCUUUAGAGAAGUUAAAACACAGCUGUACAAUAGUGACUGGCAAAAACUAUUCCCCAAGCGGAUGCGCAACAAAGGUGCACCUGUUUAGUAAAAUGCGCUCGCCGUGGGGGUUCUUGUUGGCGGGCUGUCUGGUCAACAUUUGCUUGUCCCAGUUGUUUGAAGCUGAGGAAAUUGUUCCCGUUCGGUUGACGGGAGCAGGAACGAAGAGCGGAAAACAUUCACGUUUCAGGCUUACAGCUUUUGGUCGGGACUUUACACUAAAUUUAACUCCGGAUAACAGCUUCAUCUCUCCCACACUGAAGGUUUAUCGCAUCAAGACAGAUGGCACCUCGGAAACUCCGGGGAAGGCUGACAGACAGGUGUAUGCCAGCAGAUGGACGGCUGUCCAUAAGAGCAUGAAUAAAACUGCAGAGGACGAUGUGGAACUGAGAGGCUGUUUCUUUACCGGGACUGUCGACUUCAGAAAGGAUUCUGUCGUUGCUGUAAGCCUUUGUCACGGGAUUUGGGGAUCAUUUAUUUUAGACGGUGAAGAGUAUCAGAUUGAACCAAGACAUUUUGGCUCGGAAAUAAACGAGAGUUCCAUUGAACAGCUGCAUCUCAUCAAGAGAAAAAGAAAUAAAAAAACCUUUAUGGAAACAAGCCCGUCGUUCGGUCGAACAGAGGAUGGCCCUUAUCUCGGACCGUCUGUAAUUAAUGAAGCCCUGGUUAGCCAAAUGUCGCCCAGGCGCAGACGCUUUGUGUCCGCGCCAAGAUUUAUUGAAACGUUGGUGGUCGCGGACGCUUCCAUGUUAAGAUUUUAUGGAGACGAGAUAAAGCUCUACGUGUUGACCCUGGUGUCGGUCGCUGCUCAGAUCUACAAACACUCCAGCAUCAAAAACUCUCUGAAUGUGGUGGUGGUGAAGAUGAUGAUCGUAGAAGAUGAAGAGCUUGGACCAUCCGUCUCCAGCAACGGAGGCUUGACCCUACGCAGCUUCUGCUCCUGGCAGCAGCUGUUCAACCCCUCCAGCCAUUGGCACCCGGAGCACUAUGACACGGCUCUGCUGCUCACCAGAGAGGACAUCUGUGGCCAUCAAAGUUGUGACACACUAGGAGUGGCUGAUGUGGGGACAGUGUGUGACCCCAAAAGGAGCUGUUUCGUGAUUGAGGACAGUGGACUCCAGGCGUCCUUUACGAUAGCCCACGAGCUAGGACAUGUACUGAGCAUGCCUCAUGACGACUCCAAGAACUGCGAGAGGCACUUCGGACACCUCCGUCUGCAUCACAUUAUGGCUCCUGUGUUUGUCGGCUUCAAUCAGUCCUCUCCCUGGUCCCCCUGCAGUGCUUUCUACAUCACAGAGUUCUUCGACAACGGGCACGGGGACUGUCUGCUGGAUGCCCCUGAGAACACUGUGCCUUUACCUAUGGAACUGCCCGGUUUGGCAUACGGCCUGGACCGCCAGUGCCGGCAGGCCUUCGGGGAGGGCUACUUGUCCUGCCGUAAUGCCUCGGCUGAUGAGGCAUGCACCCAGCUCUGGUGCCAGCGGGCAGGCCAGGCUACGUGCACCACCAGGAACGGGAGUCUGCCGUGGGCCGACGGCACGCCCUGCGGCCCGGACAGGACCUGCCUGGACAGUGUGUGCACUGCUUCUGAGGAGGUGAUGAAGCCUAAGGUGCCUGUGGAUGGCAGCUGGGGGGAUUGGGGCGCAUGGCAGACCUGCUCCCGCUCCUGUGGAGGCGGGGUGAGAUUCUCCUACAGGGAGUGCAACCGGCCAGCUCCUCAAAACGGAGGACGCUACUGCGAGGGACAGAGGGCACGAUACCACUCCUGCAACACUCAGGCCUGUGAAAGUGGACAUGGGAAGAGUUUCCGUGAAGAACAGUGCGAGAAGUAUAACAAUCCCAAUCACUUUGAUAUCCAUGGAAAUGUCAAGCAAUGGAUACCAAAAUACGCUGGAGUAUCUCCACGGGACAGAUGCAAACUCUUCUGCAGAGCACGAGGCAGCAGUGAGUUUAAAGUAUUUCAAGCUAAGGUAAUUGAUGGAACAGCAUGCAGUCCAGACACCACAUCAAUCUGUGUCCAGGGCCAGUGUAUCAAAGCUGGCUGUGACCUCCAGAUCGGCUCCAGCAAGAAGCUCGACAAGUGCGGUGUGUGUGGUGGGGAUGGCCUUAGCUGUAGGAAGAUAUCUGGCUCAUACAACAAAGUCAUUCAAGGAUACAGUGAUAUUGUAACCAUCCCACUUGGAGCAACCAACAUUGACAUCAAACAGCGGAGUCACAAGGGCAUAAAACACGAUGGAAACUACCUGGCAGUCAAACGUGAGAACGGCGAGUAUAUACUGAAUGGGAACUUCUCAGUGUCCACCGUGGAGCAGGACAUCCCUGCCCGGGGUGCUGUCCUUAAGUACAGCGGCUCAGACACCACCCUGGAGAGGAUUCAGAGCUUUCGGCAGCUCCGCGAGGCCGUCACUGUUCAGCUGCUGUCCACCGCCAGGGAGGCCAGCCUGCCCAAGGUCAAAUACACAUUCUUCAUCCCCAAGGGCGUCUCCUUCGGGAGACCCAAAGACAGGAAGAUGUGGGUCCAUGCCAUCCACCCUUUCGGUGUCCCACAAUGGGUCCUGGGGGACUGGUCCGAGUGCUCGCGGAGUUGUGGCUCGGGCUGGUCCAGGAGAAGUGUGGACUGCAAGGACGAUGCCGGCUUCUACUCAAGCGUCUGUGAUAAGGGCCUGAGACCAGCGGACAUCAGACCCUGUGCAGAUCUGCCGUGCCCUAUGUGGCAAACUGGCCCCUGGUCCUCCUGCUCACGCACGUGUGGCCGUGGGGAACGCCGCCGGAGCACAGUCUGCGUUGAUUACACUGGGAAGCCAGUUGAGGAGGAGAAGUGCGACCCUACCAAGCAACCCAUGCCAGUAUCUGGAGAAUGUAUGUACCAGGAGUGCCAGUAAGGUCUUCAAAAACAUGGCCAGUCCACAAGUUUCUGUAGGAACAUCCAGCAAUGAGCCGCUAACCAUCCUGACAGGGCAUUAAAGUAAAGCAAGACGACUCAGUUCUGGGGUAAGACUAAACCAGUCGGGAUAGCAUGGCCUGUUUAGACAAAGCGUUUCUCCACAGUGCUCUUCACAGCGUUUCUUUAGAAGCACUGUUUUGGUUUCUCAUAGUGAUCUACCUCAUCAGGGAUAUCAGCUUUACAUCAAUUCUCCUUCCUUUCAGUGCAGUGAAGCUUCUCUCAUAUGAUUUAAUCAUUCACCCAUUACUGUAUUUGGGAUGCAUAUUACAUAACUCAUCAUUUCUGCAGCUUCUUUAAAAUAAAUGUAUACAUUCACAUGGUUCCAUAAUUCUAAAUAUUAUUUUACUAAUGAGAAAACAAUAUUUAUUUUCUAGAAUUUCAUAUCAUACCAUGUUACAAAAUGAAAUAAUGUUUCCCCUUAUACUGUCAAGGUGCUAAUGGCUUCAUUUACUGGUUAUGAAUGUUCUGAUAUUUUUUACUUUUUUAGCUUUUACGUGUGUUAUAAAACAAACUCUUUCAUUUUUGCUAACCACUAAAGGUGCAAAGUUCUUUCAUUUACUGUAUUGUCUGGUUUCCAUUUAUGACCCCACAAAAUGAUUUUUAUCAAGUCGUACAGUUCACACUAUAUUUUGUAAAGGUUUGUGAUUAUCUUGGUGAAAUGCAUUUCGGAAUACUUAUUAUAAAGUGAGAGACUUUGAUGUUGAUCCAGAAUUAAUGUUUGUAGUCUACACAACACUGUUUAGUUUCAGCGUAAACACGUUAGCUGUUAAGACUUGUGCGACUUGCUGUGAAAAUUGUGAGGAAGUGCAGCCUGAUAUGACAUGGGCUACUUCCUGCUUAGUGAUGUUUGGGACAUGGUGCAUUUCCUGCACAUGUGAAGAAUUGUGGUUGUAAACAUAAUCAGCUCUUUAAAAUAUUUGCCCACAUAAGACUAAACUGGUGAGCACCGACCUCCAUUACUGUUGGAACAUGAGUUAACCAUAUAUUGAUCAUUCCUACACAUGUAUAUUAAAUGUAUUGGACAUACAGUAUAACAGAAAUGGCAUUCCACAUUAUUCCUUCAAUGAAGGGCCAUUCUGUUGUUUUUUACUAAUGGCUUCCUAAUAAAGCUAUUUAUUUUUUUUAAGGUUUAUAUAUUUACAAUGGACACAAAAAAUUCCCGAUGCUGCUGUUUUUAGAUGUUUUUCUGUCAUAAGUAAAAUGGAUGAAUGAAACGAA